UGAUCCGCUGACGGAGGAUAAAGACCGAAGCUCGAGUCGCUUCACUUCAGAGAAUCAGACUCAGGCACUUUGACUUUUAUUUCCUCAGGAGGAAGAAAGUGAAGUUCAUUUUCUCUGAGUUUGUUUGUGAAGAAGUGAAGCGAUGUGCGGAGGAGGAGGAAGAGGAGGAGGAAGAGCCGCCUUCAUCAUCAUCUGUCACCGGCUCCCGUGAGCACCGAGCACCGGCGACCGGGGACCGCGACGGGAGGUUCCUCACCGAGCGACUUGAGUCAGGACUGAAGGAGGAGGUGGAGGAGGAGAGAGGAGGUGAGAGAAGGAGUCGACGCAGUGCAUCAUGGGAUCUUUCCGGCGUCCUAGACCUCGGUUCAUGAGUUCUCCGGUUCUGUCGGACCUCGCCCGGUUCCACGCCAGCUCCCCGUCGCUACAGGUCUCCAACAGCAGCGUGUGGAACAGAAUCAACAAAGCAGAAAAGAUCGUCCAAUCAGCUGUGAUCAAGGUGUUCCAGGGCGGAGCUCUGCAGACCAAUGAGCUGUUCACGCUCAAUGAGAGCAUCAGGUGGCUCCUUAAAACCGAGAUGGGCUCCUUCAUCACCGACUACUUCCAGAACCAGCUGCUGACCAGAGGUCUGUCUGACGUCCUGGAUCAGAUCCUCCUCCACUCCGGUGAUGCCCGACUCGUUGUCCUCGGCGAUGUGUGGGACAGAUUCUUCACAGAGACGCUCCCCACCCUGCAGGCCAUCUUCUACCCAGUCCAAGGGCAGGAGCUCACCGUCCGACAGAUGGCUCUUCUGGCCUUCAGAGACUUGGUGCUGCUGAAGCUCCACCUGGAGGAGACUCUGGGAGCUGCAGCCUCCGUCCCCCUGUCGGUGACUCAGAUGCUGCUGGUGCUGCAGGGGGUCCACGAGUCCUCUGGUCCCAGUCUGGAGUAUCAGCAGUUGGAGCGUCUGGUGGAGGUCGUUGUGUCUCCGUACGUCAGGAACGUCCUGCACAACAGCAAGCACCUGCUGCUUGAGUCCCGUCACCUGCGGUUGUCGGGGUCGUUGCCAGGCGACCAGCCCGAGAUCACCGUCACGCAGCAUCACGGCUCGUCGUCUCUGGCGCCGCUGGUGGAGCAGGAGGGCGAGGCCUACCUGGAGAAGGCCGGUGGCGUGCGGCGCCACACGGUGGCCAACGCGCACUCUGACGUCCGGCUGCUGCUGUCGGCGUCGGGCAGGAUGCAUGCAGAAGGGGGAGGGGGGCGGGCCAAUGUGUCCCAGGACCUUCUCCAGUCAACUGGAUGUUGAAGACUCUCCGAGGGGGGGAGUCAUUGGCCUCCCUCACAGCUAGUGGCCGCGGAGUCAUGACCUGACGGACACGAGUCCGAUGGGACGAUGGAACCCGAGGAAUCGCCACGGGACAGAAACAUGUCACCAGGGGGGCGGGGUCAGGGGUAUACAGGUGAUGUCAGAGGUUUGGCUCCUCCUCCUCCUCCUCCUCCUCCUCCUCAGUGGGGAAGUCGUUUCUGACUUUGUGUUUUUAUGAACCUGUUGUAGUUUUUUGUUUUACCUGAAUUAUUAUCAGCAUCGCUGUUGAUCAAAAACGGUUUAGACUGAUCUGGGUCGUCACGGUGACGACCCAACGCCGCCAUGUUCCUGAUGAUGAUGUCACGUCAGACGUCUGUAACGUGAACUUCCUCAGACAGGAAGUGAUGUUCCCGGUUCUUCAGCAGCAGCGACUCGGAUCCAGAACUGAUCCAGGAUCAGACUCUGGGUGGAUCUGGUGCUGUGGACUGAACCGGGCUGCAGCUCCUGGAUCUGCUCCGACCUUUUACAACUGUUACUAAAUAAUAAAGAUCAUUAUUAUCAUCUGUGAA